UAGAGUCCUGUCCCUGCGGCGCGCGCGCGCGCAGCCUUGCGGCCCCUCCCAUUGGCCGCGCCGCCUGCCCGUCGCGGGGCCCGUGGCAGCGCUUCAGGUCGUCGGGCGCCGGCGCUCGGUGGCGACGGCUGCGGGUGGCGGCAGCGGCGGCGGCUGCGCUGCACGGCGCGGACGGUGGACGCGCCUCUGGGGCCGGGCCAGGCCUUCGGGGAACUGGGACGAGGCAGGGCCGUGCCGGCGGCGGCCGGGGGACCGCGACGAUGACUCUGGAGUCCAUGAUGGCGUGUUGCCUGAGCGACGAGGUGAAGGAGUCGAAGCGCAUCAACGCGGAGAUCGAAAAACAGCUGCGGCGAGACAAGCGCGACGCCCGGCGCGAGCUCAAGCUGCUGCUUCUCGGCACUGGCGAGAGCGGGAAGAGCACCUUCAUCAAGCAGAUGCGCAUCAUCCAUGGUGCCGGCUACUCGGAGGAGGACAAACGCGGCUUCACAAAGCUGGUGUACCAGAACAUCUUCACCGCCAUGCAGGCUGUGGUGCGCGCCAUGGACACGCUCAAGAUCCGCUACAAGUAUGAGCAGAACAAGGCCAAUGCACUCCUGAUCCGGGAGGUUGAUGUGGAGAAGGUCACGACUUUUGAGCAUCAGUAUGUGAACGCCAUCAAGACACUGUGGAGUGACCCUGGUGUCCAGGAGUGCUACGAUCGCAGGCGAGAGUUCCAGCUCUCUGACUCGGCUAAGUACUACUUGACGGACGUGGACCGCAUCGCUACAGUAGGCUACCUGCCCACCCAGCAGGAUGUGCUGCGGGUACGUGUGCCCACAACUGGCAUCAUCGAGUACCCGUUUGACCUGGAGAACAUCAUCUUCAGGAUGGUGGAUGUGGGCGGGCAGAGGUCAGAGCGCAGGAAGUGGAUCCAUUGCUUUGAGAAUGUCACGUCCAUCAUGUUCUUGGUGGCAUUAAGCGAGUAUGACCAGGUCCUGGUGGAGUCGGACAACGAGAACCGCAUGGAGGAGAGCAAGGCCCUGUUCCGCACAAUCAUCACCUACCCCUGGUUCCAGCACUCGUCUGUGAUCCUCUUCCUCAACAAGAAGGACCUUCUGGAAGACAAGAUCCUGCACUCACACUUGGUCGACUACUUCCCCGAGUUCGAUGGGCCACAGAGGGACGCACAGGCCGCCCGCGAGUUCAUUCUGAAGAUGUUUGUGGAUCUGAACCCCGACAGCGACAAGAUCAUCUACUCCCACUUCACCUGCGCCACCGACACCGAGAACAUCCGCUUCGUGUUUGCUGCCGUGAAGGACACCAUCCUGCAGCUGAACCUGAAGGAGUACAAUCUGGUGUGACCGACUGCGGCACCGCCAGGGCCAGCAUCGGUCACCCAGCCAAGGGACCUGGGCAUAGGGGACUGGGGCUCGCCUCUCUUCUUGCUCACUUCUGUCCCUGUCCCUCAAGGGCAGAGUGGCCUCUUUUUGGCCUUGAUUCCAUGUGGCUUGAGGGUUUUUUUUUUUCCUAGAAAACAAAAAACAACAAAAAGAAAAAAGACGUGACCAACAGUGUGCCCUCCCCCAAAGACACCCCACAGCCACGGGCUACUGAGAUCAGGGCCACUGCAGCCCCAGCCCAUGGUCCUGAGUUCAACUCCUCCCCCAGGAGGCUGGAGGCUUGGGGACCACGGACUAUCCCUUUUCUAAGUUAUUGAUGUCCCAUUCGCCCUCAGGGUCUGCACCCUCUCUGCUCCCUAGACUCCAAGAAGUGGGGGUGGGCGGCCCCAUGCCCACCCUGGGAAGUGCCUAAUCGUUUGUGUUUUGUUUUUGUUUUUGAAGAAAAGAGAAAUAUUCUCCACUCUGACUUGGCAGGCAGGUGAUACACUGCAGGGUCUAGUGACCAUAACCCCCGUGUACCCCUGCUACAGGCAAGGCCUGGCCUUUGGUGAAGUGGGGAUGGGGGAAUUAAGUCCCCAAACACCCACUGCUCGCUGGCUUGCCUAGGAAAGGCCCUGGGAACCCUGAGGGGCUACGUAGAGUUGGGCGGCUGGAGGGGCUGCCCAAGUCUAUGUGGCUCAGCAAGGCCCACCCCACACAGCCCAGUCAGAGCGGGGUCCACAGGGGUCUCUUCCAAGUAUUCUCAGGUCCGUACCCAGACACGGGUAGUGGCCUCACCCCACACACUGGUCCCUAGCCUUAGUCACUGCACCAUGCCUGGUGCAUCCUAAACUAGAGGGCCAGCGUGUAGCAAGUGAUGGCUGCGGCCAGAGAGGACACAGGCAGCCCCUGCUGCUCAUAGACACUACAGUGUUUGUCUGUCUGUUUGUCUGUCAGAAACCAGAGGGCCAGCGUAUAGCAGGUGAUGGCCACAGCCAGAGAGGACACAGGCAGCCCCUGCUGCUCAUAAACACUACAGUGUGUGUCUGUCUGUCUGUCUGUCCGUCAGAUUUUUCUUUACUUUUGCACGUGCGCUCUGGGCUUGGAUAUCCAGCCAUGCCUUUGUCCUGCCUGCCAAGCUGGGCUCCAGGCCCCAGAGUGUCCACUCAGACACAUGCCAGUCUGGGCAGGUGGCUACAUUGCUCUCCCAGGCAGAAGGGAACAAAGGACCAGUGGACAUGACAGCCCUAGGAUAUGAUGGGUGGCUAUGAUGAUCACCCACAUUCCUGGCCUCCAGCCCAUGGAUUCCCCCCGCCUUCCCACACCAGGCCCCUCUCCUGUCUCCAGUUGAGGGUCCAGUCUUGUGCCAUCCCACCCACUGCAGAGCUGAAGGCUGUCAGGGUCCUCCUGGCCACCCACAGACUUCUUGGGGAAUCCAGGGCCUCACAGCAGGCAUCCGUGCUACACAGUGGGAAGAGAAAUUGGGACUGUACAGGUGUCUGAGGGCUGGAGCACCCCAGGCCAGCAAAGUGUUACCCAUUUUUGAGCAGUGUGUGCCAAGUGCGCUGGGCCAUGGUGGCCACAGCCAAAGCGCUGGGGCAGCAACCAGCUCACCCGAGUGGUGGAUGGCCGGUUCUGCCCAGGGGAACUGUGCCAUACAGGUCAGGGUGGGGACCCCAGCCUCCCUACUUCUGACUCGAUCCUCACCAAGGGAUGGCCCAAUUGCAGGGGACACGCUGGUUUUUUGUGUCCACCUUGGUGCACUGGGAGUGCCAACCACCAUCCAGCACCCGGUCCAGGGAGCCCAGGCCGGGCCUGUGGUGGCUGACAGCAGCUGCUGUGACCCUUGUAUAUUACACAGUCCUGAUUUCAAACUUCAGCCUAUUUAAGAGAACACUUAAAACACUGUUUUUAACCCUUGUCCUUUGUGAAGCAUGUUCCUGUGUGAGGGGAGGCUCAGGCACCCGACCGAGUGCCAGGCUUCUACAGGCCCUUGGCCCUGGGCGCCAGGGUGUGAGCAGCAGGUCAGGGUCCUGACCCCUUAACCCAGAGGGUCUUGCUGAAGCCACCUUUUCAUAUCUUUCUCUUGAAUUCUGUUUUAAAUCGGAAUAAAUUUUGUUCCUAAA